AUGAGCACCAUCCCCAGCGUCCACAUUAACGACAAAAGCCCCAUAGAGGACCGCGACACCUCCUCCACCUCCCCAACCACCCGCAAAUCCCUGCACCAGAACAUCUUUGGCAAACUACGUCCCCUCCCCUUCCAAUACCACUGGACAGUCUGGUACGACCGCCAUACCGACGCCCCAGCAGUAGCAACAGCAGCAGCAACAGCAGACUACGACUCACGUCUCUACGUCCUACACGAGGAUGUCGCCGACAUCGCCACCUUCUACCGCGUCUAUAACAACUACCCGUGGGACAAGAUCCGUCUGCGCGACACCGUCCACAUCUUCCGCAAAGGCGUGAGACCCGUCUGGGAAGAUCCCGAGAAUCAGAACGGGGGGUGCUGGCGCUUCCGCGUUCCGAAGAGUAAAGCCCAGGCGUUCUUUCAUGAGAUUGCCAUUCUGUGUAUGGCGAAUGAGUUUCAGGCGGUUUUGGAGAAGGAACACGACCACGUCCUCGGCGUCUCCACCUCCGUCCGCUUCAACUCGCAUCUCAUCUCCGUAUGGAACAAGCUCGGCUCUAAUGAACGGUCUAUCAAGGCUCUCGAACAGACUAUUAUCGAUCGAUUAUCCCCUGAGCUAAGGCCGACUGGGACAGGGUCCACUGCGUAUUUUUAUAAGCGGCAUGAUGAGAAUGAGGGGUUUAAGGAGGCUGUGGAGAGGAGUCAGACAUGA